UGCUUCAAACUGUGGAGUGGAUAAAACAGGCUGCCAGGAACAAGGGAAAUCCCUUCCGGAGGAAACGUGUAAGGUAUCUGUCCAGAGUGGAACGUCUUUGGAGGCUUCAAGCCUAAAAAUGCUGGACUGAUUACUAAAACACAAUUGAAGGAGUGACAAAUGCGGAAAUUUUUUACCUAUUUGGAUCUUCCUCUUGGAUCAAAAUAUGAAUUGGGAAAGCACUUAUUAUGAUUCCCUGAGCAGCCACGUCCCCUGUCUCAAAGAUUAAACUCGUGUGACAAUGGCUGCAAAUAGAUGCACAAUAGUACAACCGUACAUCUUUGAAAAGCAGAAGUGGAGCCUCCUACACAACCAACAAGAAUUAAGCAAGUUGUUUCUUGAUGGGUAAAAAGUCUUUUUACCACAACAACGGCUGAUUUUACCACCACUGCAAAUGGAUGAAAUGAGAGCAAAAAGAGGAAUUGUGAUCAAAGAUGACUGGCCUGGCUACAACCUGGAUCUGUUCACCUACCCUGAACAUUACCACGACGACAUUGAGAACGUCUACAUUCCCCACGGAGUCAUCAUGAACCGGAUAGAGCGCCUGGCCCGGUACAUCAUGGAGGACUUUGAGGACAGUAAGAUCAUGGUGCUGUGCGUCCUGAAGGGAGGAUACAAGUUCUGUGCAGAUCUGGUGGAGUACAUCAAGGUUCUGGGACGCAGCUCCAACCGGUACCUGGAGACCCGGGUGGAGUUUAUCCGCCUGAAGAGCUACCUGAAUGACCAAUCAACAGAGGAUCUUCACAUCAUUGGAAGCAGUGAUCUGUCUUUCUACGUGGAAAGAGUGUGCUCGUUGUUGAGGCCAUCGUCGACAGGAAAGACCAUGAAGGCUCUUCUGAAGCAUGUGGAGACCUUUGAGCCCAAGAUGGUCAAGGUCGCGGGUCUGCUGGUGAAGAGGCUCUCUAACAUGACUGAAAGUCUGACAGACUAUGUUGGAUUUGAAAUCCCCAAUCGAUUCGUGGUCGGCUACGCCUUGGACUACAACGAGUACUUCCGUGACCUGAACCACAUCUGCGUCAUCAGCAAAACGGGAAAGAUGAAGUACAAGAUUUAGAGAAUUAAAGCCAUUAAUAAAUAUAUUAGCUGUUUUAGCACUGUGGCUGUGUUGAAAAUUAAUAAUUAUUAUUAUUUACAUAUUUCCAUGAGCUUCAGAUAAAUUGUAUUUGUAAUAUGGUUAUAUAUAUAUAGACUUCCUUUUUGCUUUUUUUGUCACUACUGUCACAAUAAAAAAAAUUGCUUGACGAUAAAUUGUCCCUGAAGUUCUUGUGAUAAACGAUAAUAUUGUUUGAAGAUCAUUUAAAUUUUAAUGUCAUAAUAAUGAACGAACACAUUCUGAAAGAUCAAUGCACA